AUGUCGCUCAAGCAGGAGAUAGAAACGUGGGUAACGGCCUUAGGCCGGUACGACAACAAUGAAUUCGAGGAUGCUCUUGGUGAAUUCGACAAGAUCUCGGAUACGUCCAAGAUUCUUUUCAAUAUGGGUGUGAUCCAUGCCACACUUGGCGAGCACGAGAAAGCCGUCGAAUGCUAUCAACGAGCCAUCAAACUCGAUCAGUACCUUGCUGUCGCCUACUUCCAGCAGGGCGUUUCAAAUUUCCUGCUUGGUGACUUCGAGGAGGCUCUCGCCAACUUCAACGACACCCUGCUGUACCUCCGAGGCAACACGAUGAUCGACUAUGCUCAGCUUGGUCUUAUGUUCAAGCUCUACUCCUGCGAGGUUCUCUUCAAUCGUGGUCUCUGCUACAUUUACUUGCAGCAGAAGGAUGCUGGUUUGCAGGAUUUGAAUUACGCUGUGAAGGAGAAGGUUGUUGAGGACCACAACGUCAUUGACGAUGCAAUUCGGGAAGAGGCCGAGGGCUACACCGUCUUCUCCAUUCCCGUCGGAGUGGUUUACAGGCCUAAUGAUGCAAAAGUUAGGAACUUGAAAACAAAGGAUUACCUCGGAAAAGCACGAUUGGUGGCCGCGUCGGACAGGUCCAACGCCUUCACCGGAUUCGCCGGGUCCGAGAUCAAAAACUCUGGCAAGGCCGAUGUCAAGGACGACAGGCCCAGUGAUAACAUCUCUUAUGCUGCCACGAACCUCGUCAAGCCUGGAUUGCAGAGCAGAGCUCGGCAACAGUCGGAGCCACCCAACAGCAGGAACGUUUUCCCCCCCACGCCGCCGCCCGAGAAUGACAAGCAGACUAUGAGCCGUGGUGCUUCUGUCCGCAAUGGACCGAAACCCAUGCCGGCCAAACUUAACAUUGACAAGGCAAGACCCAAUGACCGCUACGAACGUACCACAUCUCCCCAGGAGCAACGCUCGAGGGCUCCCAGCCGGGCUCCUUCUAACGCACCGUCGCGAGGCUUCUCAACGCGCGAGCCGCCACGGAGGAGACCACGAUCCCAAGAGGAGGAGGAAGGAUAUCUGGAUGACGUCUACGAUAACUAUGGAGGUGGUGGCGGUGGCGGCGGCGGCGGCAGCAUCCGGGGCAGCCGGUCACAACGCAGGGCACCGCAACAGCGGUAUAUUGAGGAGGAGGACGAAGGCAGCGACUUUGAUGAUGGAUCAUUCGAUGAGGGCGAUUUCGAGAUGGUAUCCAACCGCCGUCCCGGAACAAACUCGAUGUCGAGCUCAUCGCGAGGGCAGUCGAGAAGACCAGACAUUCGCAACAUCAAGGUCAAGGUGCACUACACAGCCACAGACGACACAAGGAUGAUUCUGAUCGGAAUGGCCUGCGAGUACUCGGAUUUCGUCGAAAAGAUUCGCAACAAGUUCAAGAUUGCAUCCCGACGCAACGUUAGGAUCAAGGUUCGCGACGACGAAGACGGUGGAACAAUGAUCACCAUGGGUGAUCAGGAUGACCUGGACAUGGCCAUCAUGGCCUCCAAGUCUAUGGCCCGGAGGGAAAGGUCAGACAAUGGAAAGAUGGAGGUUUGGAUUCAGGAUGCAUGA